AUGAUGAGUACGAAUGAUGCUGAGGUGGCCAGCAUAAUUGCGAAGCUAAAGAAACGAAAAAGAAACGAUGAGGAUAUCGACAUGAAGGACGCCGGGGCCGGGCUCACUGCCGAAGAAGAGAAGAGAAAGAGGAAAGAAGAGAAACGAGAGAAGAGAAAGCAGCGGCGAUCAGACGUUGGUACAGAAACGGAGGAGAAAGCGAAGGAGGAUGCUGAGCAGACUCCCUCGAAGAAAGGGAAAAAGGACAAGAAAUCGAAAAAAUCAAAGGCAGAUACGGCCACGGAGGACGUCGAUAAUGAUAAUAAUGAUAAUACUAAUACAAUCACCACCACUAUUACUACUGUCACCACAGAAGAGGUACCACCACCAGCUGCCAACGACGAAGAAUCGAAACCGGAAAAGAAGGACAAGAAACACUCAAAAAAAGAGAAAAAGUCCAAGAUAGCCUCCGGCGAGGGUGAAGAAGACGCCUCUGGGCUAUCAAAACACAAGUCAAUUCUCCAAAAGCUUGUUAAAGUCAAAACCAAAGCUACACUCACACCCGCCGCCCCCGAGGUUGAAGAAGAAGCGAUAGAAGCAAAGGGCCUUGAACCUCUCCCUCAGCCCGCGCCCACCAAAGACCCCAAACGCCUGGCCGUUCUCGCCUCUUCACUCCCCCCAUGGCUCGCGGCCCCAAUUGUUGUCACGCCGGCAACUACAGUUCCCUUUAAUGGCAUGACUGGCAUAUCACCAAAGCUCCUUACACGCCUCGAGACCUUAAACCUGCCCAACGCAUUCGCCGUGCAGUCUGCCGUAGUUCCGCUGCUCCUGGACCCUAAAGCCGGCGACGUCUGUAUCUCCGCCGCCACGGGGUCCGGGAAAACCCUCUCCUACAUCCUUCCAAUUGUCCAAUCGCUCUCCACCCGUGUUGUCACCCGCCUCCGAGCAGUGGUGGUAGUCCCAACCAGAGAACUCGUCUCCCAAGUCUUCUCGACCGCCGUCUCCCUAACUUCCGGUACUGGCCUCAAGGUCGGGACCGGAAUUGGGUCGAAGGCACUCGCGGCCGAGCAGGCCCUCCUGAUUGAUCCCGACACUGGCAGUAAGGUUGACAUCCUCAUCACGACUCCCGGACGCCUGGUAGAGCAUAUCAAAAAUACUCCCGGGUUUUGUCUGAAGUGGGUCAAGUGGCUCGUCAUUGAUGAAGCGGAUCGCCUACUCGCACAGAGUUUCCAGGAAUGGGUUGACGUAGUUGUGGGCUCUAUCGAGACCGCGGCGAAGGAUCAGGACUGGGGGAAUGGGUUGGAGGACGUUCUGGAGGACCUGGGCAUCAAUGUUCAGGCGCAGCAGAUUGCUGUGAGGAAGGUCGUUUUGAGCGCGACGAUGACGAAGGAUGCGGGUAAGCUUGCAGGGCUGAAGCUGAGGAGACCGACGAUGGUCGUUGUUGAGAAGCCUGUUGGCGCGGACGGCACGGCGAAGGAUGAUGAGAACGAGGACGACGAAGAUAUGCCUGAGGAAGUGUUCUCGGUUCCGACAGAGUUGAGAGAAUACGCGAUUCCGAUCGUCAACAAGGAGUAUAAGCCCCUCUACUUGAUGUAUCUCCUCCGCAACCGUAGUAUCAAGAGAGGUACCAUCGUGUUCGUAAAGAGUAACGAGGGUGCUGCACGACUGGCGAAGCUCAUCGAUACAGUCGUUGAAAAGAUCGGGAUUUCAAAAGAGGCUGGGUGGACUACCGGUCUAGUCACUGGAGAAAUGGAGAAGAAGCGGCGUGAGAAAGUCCUUCGCUCGUUCAAGAAAGACGAAGUUCAAAUUCUCAUCUGUUCCGACCUUAUAUCUCGUGGUCUGGAUCUGCCUCACGUGGACAACGUCGUGAACUACGACAUCCCCUCCAGUACCCGCGCAUACGUGCACCGAGUCGGCCGUACUGCGAGAGCCGGGAAAGAGGGUGAUGCGUUCACACUUGUUGAGGACAAGGAGGCAAGGUGGUUCUGGCGCGAUCUGGUGAAGGGAAUCAGGAGACGGGAGGAGGGCGUCGAGAGGAUGGCUGUGGCCCUAGAAGAUGAGGGCAUGGGGUGGAGAGGUGCCUAUGAGGAGUGUUUGUAUGGAUAG